GUCGGCCGCAUAUCAACCCGGAACAUUUACAGUUUCUCUUGACACGUAGCAACCAACUUGGCAGGGAUCUGGGUGGAUUUGUCAAACAUCACAGGUUUUUGCCAGAGUGAGAGAUGUCGGGGUUUGACAACUUCAACACAGACUUUUACCAGUCCAGCUACAGUGUGGAUGACCAAAGCCAGGGAGGCUAUGGCUAUGGGAACGCUGAAAACCCCUACAAUAAGCAAUACAGUCAGUAUGACUACUCUCAGCCCAUGGCCUACUCUUCCCCAGGGAUGAUGCAACCCCAGCAACCAUACACAGGACAAAUCUUUCAACCCACACAGACCUACACCCCAUCUGCAUCACAGUCCAUGUAUAAUAGUAGCUUUGAUGAUGAACCUCCGCUGCUAGAAGAGUUAGGGAUCAACUUCGAUCACAUCUGGCAGAAAACUCUGACGGUGCUCCAUCCAUUGAAGGUCGCCGAUGGCAGCAUCAUGAACGAGACAGACCUGGCUGGUCCCAUGGUCUUCUGCUUGGCCUUUGGAGCAACACUCCUCCUGUCGGGUAAGAUCCAGUUCGGAUACGUGUACGGUAUCAGUGCAAUUGGCUGCCUCGGCAUGUACUGUCUGCUCAACCUCAUGAGUAUGACAGGGGUCUCCUUCGGCUGCGUGGCCAGCGUGUUGGGAUACUGCCUCCUACCCAUGAUCCUCCUCUCCAGCUUUGGUGUCCUCUUUUCUUUACAGGGCAUGAUGGGAAUUAUACUAACAGCGGCAAUUAUCGGCUGGUGCAGUUUCUCAGCUUCAAAGAUCUUCAUCUCAGCGUUGGCCAUGGAUGGGCAGCAGUUAUUGGUUGCCUACCCCUGCGCUCUCUUAUAUGGGGUCUUUGCACUCAUUUCUGUCUUUUAAAGGAAUUUAGGAAACAAAUAAUGGUUUGAAAUUACUGCUCCAUCAUUUCUGUAAUUACAGUCUAAUUGGCAUCAGUGUAAUUAUUGUAGUUAUUUUCUAAUUACACUGUUAUUACAGGAAAAAUAGGAGCUUGUCUAAAAUGGCACCAAGGUUAGUUUUUUUUUUUUUUUUUUCUUUUUUUAAGCCUCCACUUCUCAUCGCAUUCCAACUUCAGGCUGGAGUGUAUCGUCACAUUCGCAUCUCCUCUCUACUUUUGUUCAUCUAAAAGGAGGGGAUUGUCUAAUAACCUGCUUAAAAAAAAAA